UGGUGGAGUUCGACGUCACGCCGUUUCGUUAAGCGCGCCAUGCCUCGACGCUGUAAUUGGCAGCGGCGCCAGUGACCCCCGUCUCGAGUAUUCGGACCACGGCGUCGGUGCGAGCGCCGUUACGCGAGGUUUGGGCACAGCAGCUACAGAGGGCCGAUGCUGAAGAAGCGAGACUCGACGGCGUGUCUUGAGCCGCACCGGGAGUAGGAACUGCAACUCGCCUGCGCGCCUAGCUGGACCGCGUUCUGCGUGGAGUGAGUCUACGAACUGUGGUUGUGCGGAAGCUGGAUUGCAUCGGGAGCGACAUCCAUGCGGACACUGUUGCAGAGCUGGAUGAGAAGCAAGAAGCGCAAAUGAGGGCCUCACGAAGCCGCCGCCCUGCAGCCAGGUUAUGGAUACUGGCCCUUUCAACGGCGCUUCUGGCCUCGCCUGCAUGGGGCCAGAACUGCUUCGGCGGCAUCGAGAGCUUCGAGAAGACCACGGGGCUCUCUUACUCCGGCUCGGUGAGCGGGCAGACGCUGCUCCAGCAGCCGGACCAGGCGCUCACGCGGGACUGCAUCAACCUGUGCAAGCAGCAGGCGCAAUGCCUCUCCUUCUCGCUCAACUACGUCGGCUUCCGCUGCUCCUCCUUCAACCUCAACUCGGUCGGCCGCCGAGACCUGCUCGUGCCCACGCCAAGCACAAACUACUUCGAGAAGAUAUGCUUCAGAGGAGUGCAGAAGAGUUCCUUCGACGCGCUGUGCGGCGACCGGCUGUGGGCCUUCGAGCGGGCCAAGGAGGGCCACCUGGAGGGCUUCGUGGACCGCGAGGAGCACAACGUCAAGGACAAGGAGGAGUGUGCCAAGAUGUGCCUGCUCGAGGAGGCGUUCCCGUGCCGCUCGGCCGACUACGACGAGGUGGCCAAGACGUGCCGCAUGAGCCGCGAGGACCGGCGCUCGCAGCCGCAGGCCUUCCGGCAGGUGCCCGGUAGCACCAGGGACUACCUCGAGAACCAGUGCUCCGCCACCGCUCCGACGUCGUGCCGCUACGAGACUCGGGUCGGCGUGGGCGUGGUGUCCAUGGACCUUCUGCAGUUCGCCACGUCAGUGGACGACUGCCAGACGCAGUGCGACCGCGAGACCACCUUCAACUGCCGCGCCUACUCGUACAUGGAGAACCGCUGCUACCUGAGCGGCGACGACACCAUCAGCCUGGGCCCCAGUGGGUUGCCGCCCAUGACCAACGCGGCCUACGGAGAAAAGAAGUGCAUCACCGAGCAAUGCACGCUGGGCGUGUUCACCUACGAGAAGAUGACCGGCUUCGUGAUGCGCUCGGCCGCGCGCUCGGCCAUCCCGCUGUCGAGCCCCGGCGCCCUGGGAAACACGCUGGAGUGCCGGCAGUUCUGCCAGAUGGCCGGCCUCGACUGCCCGGCGUUCAGCGUCAACUACCAGAACAUGCGCUGCGACAAGUUGGACCGCAACUCGCAGGGAAGGACGCAGGAGCUGAGUCCCAGGGCCGGGGAGAACUACUUCGAGAAGAUAUGCCUCCGAGGCAACUUCGCCACGGCCUGCCAGGGCAAGGCGUGGGCCUUCGAGCGGGUGCUCGGCUUGGAGCUGGUGCCCACGCUGUACGACAAGUCGUUCGCGCACGUCCAGAGCCGGCGCGACUGCGAGGAGCACUGCCUCAACGAGCAGGCGUUCGACUGCCGCUCGGCCGUGUACUUCGACGACACGGCCGAGUGCCGCCUCAGCCGCCACGACAGGCGGACGCAGCCGGACGGCACGAUCAAGAGCUCGAACCCGAGGAUCAACUACCUGGAGAACCAGUGCCUGGAAGUGUCACCGACUUGUCCUUAUGAGAAGACAGCGGACGCUUACCCGGUUUACACUGACGUGGUACAAAUGACUGGCAUCAUAUCCGAGCAGUCGUGCGAGUCGUUUUGCACCACUUACCCAAACUUCAACUGCCGUUCGUUCGCCUAUUACCCGAGCAACGGACAGUGCUUCAUAAGCGGCGAUGAUCGCAUAAGCGCAGGUCCGGCCAGCACAAACUCCCGGCCCGGCAUUCUGUUCUACGAGCGCUCGUGCAAGGACGGCGCCGGCGUCACCGACAGCGGCUCGGGCACCACGGCGGCCGGCGGCGGUGGCACCUCUUCGACGGGCGGCGGGCCCACCAGCUCGUCACCCACCUUCCCGACGUCGCAACCGCCGCACACGCCCACGCUGUUCCCGCCCACAGUCCGCCACUGCAGCGCCGGCGAGAAGCUGACGUUCGCCCGAGUGUCGGGCCACGAGUCCGCCUCGAGACCGGGCCCCAUCCUGCUGACGGCGCCGGCGGACGGCAUGACCAAGGAAUGCAUACUGCGAUGCGAGCAGCGAGACGACUGCCACUCGUUCAGCAUCGACUACCGACGCCACGAGUGCUACAUCGCCGGCUACUACUCCGGCUCGCUGCCGGCCCACCUGAGGCCCAGCCCCGGAAAGACGUACUUCGAAGGCAUCUGCGUGCCCGCCUCGGUGGCCUGCCAGCGGCUGUGGGCGUUCGAGCGCAUGGUGGACCAGGAGCUGCGCGGUGUCAGCCCCCGCGAGGUGACGCGGUUCAUCACGCUGCACGACUGCGAGCGGCGCUGCUUCGAGGAGCGCCGCUUCGCGUGCAAGUCGGCCAGCUACGACGUCAACCUGCAGGAGUGCCGCCUGUACGCCGACGACCGCAACUCGCGCUUCGCCCGGCUCAUCUACGGCCGGGGCGUCUACUACCUCGAGAACCAGUGCACCGUCAACACGGGUCCCUGCCCCUACGCUCCGAUCCAGCGUGACGUGUACAUGACGCACAUCACUCGUGUCGUGCACGGCGUCAGCUCGACCUUCCACUGCGAGAUGGAGUGCAACCGCGAGCCGGACUUCAACUGCCGCUCGUACACGUACGUGGAGCACGGCACCCUGGGCCCGCCGCAGUGCCUGCUGUCGGCGGACAGCCGGCCCGGGGUGUCGCCCAUCGUGCUCGAGUACCGCAGCCGGGCACUGUACGCCGAGAAGGACUGCCACCUGGACGACGACAGCCGGAGCAACGGGGUCGUCGGGGGAACGUCGCACCCGCCGCCGUACCCGCACACACCUCCCGGACCACCGCACAGGCCGUACCCGCCGCCGCCUCCUCCUCCUCCUCAUCCCCAACCACAUCCGGGAUCUUCGCCGCCCUCGCAGCAUCCUUCGCCAGGUGGCUCCCCGCCGACACCGUACUUACCGAGGCCCCCCACGGACUACAGCCCGUACCCGCCGCCCCGUUUCUGCACGUACGAGCAGUACACGUACGAGAAGACCAUCGGCCACGACAUGAGGUACGCGCCGAGAGAACGCAUCCCCACGCGCUCGGCGGUGGGCGUGGUGCGGGACGCGUUCACCGAGUGCCAGCGGCUGGGAGACCGGUGCCGCGCCUUCACCAUCGAGUACGGCAACUUCCAGUCGGCGUCGUGGCUCUCGACGGCCGCGGAGGACAACCGGCAGCUGCUGGUCGCCAACCCCGUCAUGGCCUACUUCGAGAAGGUCUGCCUCCAGGAGCGCACGUGCGGCAAGAUGUGGUCGUUCGAGCGAACCGUGGGCCACACGCUGGGAGGCGACGCGGACCGCGAGGUCCCGGGCGUGCUUCGGCGAGCCCAGUGCGAGGACCUGUGCCUGCGCGAGCGGUCGUUCGUCUGCCGCUCGGCCACCUACCAGCAGUCGCGGCUGCUGUGCCGCCUGUACGCCGAGAACAGGCGCACCCGGCCGGCGCUGUACGUCCGCACCGCCGAGGACGUCGACUACUUGGAGAACCUGUGCGCGCAGGAACCCUCGACGUGCCAAUACCGGGAGCAAGUGGAUCGGUUUCUGCCCAUCAUCGACAGGCUGGGCCACGCGUUCAGCCUGACCGAGUGUCAGCGCCAGUGCGACCUGGAGCGCCUGUUCAGCUGCCGUGCCGUCAACUUCGAGACGGUGCACCGGGACUGCGCGCUCAGCAGCGAGGACGCCCAGACCACGCCCCUGGGUACGGCCGCGCUCGUGCACCGCCGAUACUCUGUCUACAGCGAGAAGGGCACUUGCGAACAAGUGAGCGUGCAAUGCAACCAGCAGGACAUGCUACUGGCGAUGAACUUCGACACGCCCUUCCAUGGCCGCGUCUACGCAAAGGGCAACCCUUCCCAAUGCUUCGUGGUGGGAAACGGGCAGAACACGCUCCAGUUUGCUGUCUCACUCGGCACCCGCUGUGGGACGCUGCAGGAGGGAAACGGCCACUACGCCAACGAAGUUGUCGUCCAGCAGCACCCGAUCAUAAUGACAGACACCGACCGCAACAUUCGCGUGGUGUGCUCUUUCGAAGCCGGCGACAGGACAGUCACGCUCGGUUCCACUUUCGCACGAAACGGCGCUUACAGCGGAGGCCUCGAUGUUACGACUCGGCACCAGCCGACCAUAACGUCGGUCGUGACCAACACCGCCCCGCCGCCGAACGUGGUCAUGCGAAUCCUGGACCCCAGUGGGCGUGACGCAGGAGUGGUCGGACUCGGGGACGAGCUCACGCUCAGGAUCGAAAUCCAGGAACCUGGCAGCGCAUUUGCCAUUUUUGCAAGAAACCUUUACGCCAGGAGCUCCAACGGUGAAUCUCUUUUUCUCAUCGACAGCCUAGGGUGUCCCGUGGACCCGAGCAUAUUCCCACCCCUUCGACCAGACUACAGGCAACCGGGCGCGCUCUUCGCCAAUUUCAAGGCGUUUCGAUUCCCGUCGUCCGGUCUGGUCAACUUCGAGGUGCAAAUAAGGUUCUGCCAAGAAAGGUGUGAUCCGGUGCGCUGCCAAGGAGGUGGCGAGUCGUUUGGCCGCAGAAGGCGGGACGUGUCGUUCCCGCCGAUUGCCAGGUUCGCGCUCAGGAACAGGACCAGGCCAAUCUUCCUCACAGCGCACAAACCGACGAUCGUCAUAAGACCGUAUUCCGUGCGAACCACGACGACGACCACUACAGACGAGCCCCCCACGACCACAACGAGUGAUGCUCCUGCGACCACGGUUGAACCUGCAACGACCACGACAGCUUCCACGGAAAAGGUGUUAACAGCCGAAACCGACACAGAAAGCAUUGUGGAGACUACUGCGAGUCCGGAGCCGACAACAGAUGGCGUCCCAGCGACACCUGUUCCAGCUGAGAACUUUACCGAUGAUGUCACGGAAGAGAGCGUGGAAGAAACGCCUAAUAACUCAACGGUCGCUGAAGAGGCUACCGAAGAAACGAUGGCGGCAACCUUAACGACGUUUCCCGAUACAAACGAAACAGCUCGUUUUGAUUCAGAAGAAGCAGAAGAAGAAGCCUAUGACGAUGCAGAGGAAAGUGAACCGCAUUUGAUGUUCCGGAAACAGGAAAUGUACCUGCCCGAAGAAGGCAACGGGAGCGUCCCGGAACCGCAGCAAGCUUCGAAGGACGCCGAAAGGAUUGAGCAAGUGUCCUCGGCCGUCGUGUUCCGUAAUCCUGAUCCCAGCAACCCGCAGCUACAGCACGGUGUUCGAGGCCCUCCGCGGCAGGCGACGGCCGUUCCUUUCGAUCUAACUUCUCAGCCGUACGGCGGCUACGGAUUGGGAUACGGCCGCCACUACGGCUCGCCGCCGCCGCCGUAUGGCGGUCACGGCCCGUACGGUCAUGGCGGCUACUACGACCACGACGCGCGACGCACGUUUACGGAUCAGCGCCGAGGAACACGGCCACAUUCGAGCCAAGCCUUUUCGCACGUCUGGAGAGACACGCCGUACGGCCCACCGCCAGGACCAGUGGCCAUUGAGCCAGCAGCCGAGCAGCAUCGUUACGACAAUCGUCGAUUAGAACACCGUAAUCACCGCCACAACUCGGCCGGAAACGAGCAGAAGGAACCUUCCGGAGACCGGGGGCGCGGAGUCCAUUAUUACGAAGCGGCGGGACGUCGUCGCGAGUUCGACCCAACCGCGGACCGCGCAAACGAGUCGUUGGGGCAAACGAGCCGAGAUCAGCCUUCCGGCGGCGGCGGCGACGACAAACGGACGGGGCUAGAAUCGGGCUCCUCGCGGCCCGCCGCCGGUUUUCGGGAAAACGUUAACGGCGGUGGCAGCUCGUUUUCGAGGGAGCCCGAAAGAAGUGACAACUACUACGACAAAGGACGUCGUCCCGCGGACACCGCCUGGCGGGAGGCGCCACAAUCGUUGCCCGCGGAAACGAGAAGCGACACCUUGAAUUUCUCCUCCGGUAACGAAACGAAAGCGACGUUAGACCUCACGGGAGGCGAGGACAACGCGCUAUUCCAGCAGCAGCAACAGCAGCAGCAGCGGCAGAUGACGACGAAUUCCAGCGGCCAGUUCGUGGUGCGAGAGAUGGAGGGGGGAGGGUACGCGCCUUCCUCGGCGUUUCGCGAGAUUGUCGCCACGACCGAGAAGCCGUACCCGGAGGAAGUUCCGCUCUCGCUGGCCAUUAUGGUGGGCGAAGACAGCGGCGGCGGGAAGCCCGACAACGGCUGGGCCAGGAACGCCGCCAACUCCGGCGGCGGCGUCUACCAGCCCCCACGAAGCCGAAAACGAGAGCCGCCUCCGCCUCCUCCGAGGCCAGUCGAGGAAGAACCGGCCUGCGACCCCCAGAACACCAUCAUCAUCACCGCGCUAGUCGUGUCAGCCAUCCACGUGGGUCUCAUGUUGGGGGGCUUCUUCUGCUUCCGCUGGCAGCGGCGCUCCAUGAAGCGCAAGCAGCUCAUCGCCUCGGUCAUGGGAGACUUCCGGUUGCCGUCGGCCGCAGGCGUCACUUCCGCCGCGCUGCCGUCGCUUCCGCCGCCCGUGGUGACGACGUCGGCGACCGGUCGCGGCCACUACCACCACCACGCGGCGCCCUCGCGCGCGCCCGGCGGGCCCAUGGUUUACGGCAAGGCGGACACGUCGUUCCGCCAGAUGUACAGUGAUUUCGAGACCCCGCCGUGAAGGGCGGGGGCGUCGUCGUGCCGACUCGGGGUUGUGAAUCGUCGUUAGACGAAGCGAAAAGACAACAAACGCAAGAGCAUGGGCACUAUGGUGCAGAGGUUAUUAAGAACGACAACAACAGCAGUAAUUUGAGUGUGCUCGGCCUAAAGGAAUUUGCGUUCUAUAUUGGUACGGAAGAAGCAUAACAUGAGGCGCACACACUCAGCCACGUGGUGUUCGCAGAUGCCAAGAAGCUGCGCUAUCUGACAUACCAUGUUGCAAAGAAGAAUGGAAGGCGAAAAGAAAAAGAAGAUAUCAGAGAGAUAAUUAAUAAAGUAACGAUGACAAGUCAAACUCAUCGACAAAGAGAUGAUAAUGCGAUGAAAGCGAACUACAGGACAACCGCUGGAUCUCAAUUGUUCACUGAUUCGAGACAAUUAGUCAAAUUGCAAAGUCUAGCUGACGGAUGUAAUGUCCAUAAGAGCGAUUAUCACGGAUAAUAAUGGACAUCUGCAAUGCAGAUUCCGCAAGAUGUACAGUGACUUCAAGGCUCCGCCCUGAAGAGCGUAGAUAUGGUGCCGACUGGGGUUGCGAGUCUUUGUUCGAUGAAGCAAAAACAGAGAGAGGGAGAAAACGCGCAAUCUGUUGAAGAUAUCCGAGACUCUUUUGAGGCUCCCGCACUUUACACGCAUUAGACUGGGUAAGCAUAAUUGACUCGCAAACGCUGAACCGUUAUGUCCUCGCAGAAGUUGGAGAGUCGUGAGAUGUCGAUGAGCCGGCAUCUCGUGCUGCAAAAUAAACUGUUGACCAAUAAAAAAAUAAGAAUUGAAGAAGUUAGAAAGCGCAGCUUCAAACACAUGAGGCGAAGUCCAACUCAUCGACAAAGUGGCGAAGGCACGCUGAAGUCUGUGGCAGUACACAAGUGCCGGACAACAAUUUUUCAUGCAUUCGAAACGUUUUUUUUUUUUCCUCUGUGUUUAGCACUUGCGAAACCUAGCACUUUCGCGCAAAGCGCGUAGUUCCGAGUAUCAUGGAUAACAAGGAACGUUUACAAUUUCGUUUACUUUCUUGUCGAGCAAACUAAAACGUGCACUUUAAAGGGCAUGCCUGUCGCACUGAACAGGCUCCCCAUUAUUCAACAGCCGACGCUGUGCUGAUCCAAGUGAGAAAGAGAAAAGCGUUUCUGUGUUGAGGGGCUGUGAAAGAGAGUGGAAAGAUGUAAAUGAAGCGAAUUUUUGCAUUUUUGCUUUCAGGAAACGCACAGUAGUAAACAACUGGGCAUGUUAAGUCGUGAGUCGUUAUCGUGCUGCGAAACUAUGCAGCAAAGAGUUUAAGAGAAGAAUGUGCCGAGGCGAUCAAAACCUAACUCAAAUUUAUUUUACUGUUUUUACAGACGCAGUAAAUAUGCCAAGGUCUCCAUCAUUGUCAUUAGAAGCGCAUUAAUAAGCGCAUCAGAGAAAUUGAACAGAUAUAUGACGCGUAACAGUAGACAGCAGUGAACAGAACAAAGGCCACAAAAGCACACAUUAUUCGCCGAUGUAGAAGCAGAAGUGUGUCAGCUCUGAAUGUGCGAUUUCCUUCGAAAUAUUGCGAACAACUAUCAAUCAAUCACUCAAUCAAUCAAACAAUCAAUCAUUCUUCUUUACUGCAGUUAGCCAAACACAAAUAUGGUUAAUGAUGUGCCCAACUUCUAAGCUUGCUUCGUGCGUUACAACAGCCGUGCUAGACCAUGCGCGGUCAUAUCGGUAACGCGGCUGAAAGCUUUAGCUCGAUCAGUUUUUUUUUUUUCUUUUGGUACAUGAUGGAUUUGUUGAAAGGUAGGCAUACACUACCUAGCACUGCAGGCUACGGUUUCACGUCAUCUAAGAAGCGUCCCUUUCCCGUCUUUGUUAACGUAAGCGGUGCGUAUAUAUUUCGAUCACAUUUUCAGCAAAAUGAGGGCGUCAACCUCAACCUGCAUUUUACUUAGGAAUCAGCGUAUUUAACAAAUAUGAAACACAAUUAACGGUAAAGAGAUGGAACGGUCUGGGAAUCGGACACGAGCCAUCGCGGGAAACUCGGUGAGAUAACGUGCUAGCUACGUCGCUAUAUGUGUCCUCUUGUUUGUAUAGAUAGAUCCAGUGUUUUUUAUAUUAUUAUUAUUGUUAAUACCGUUUGUGUGAAUGGACUUGAUGUCGUUUUUAUCUACAUAGCACUCGUUCCCCGCGUUUUCGUUUUCGGAUGUAAAGCCCGAAAGAUGGCAUCUUUAGUUCAAUAAAG